AGAAAAGACACACACACAUAUAAAUGGAAACCAUAAUGUCCAAUAUUAUGUUUUUUUCAAUCUCCCUUCCCUUUUUAUUUGCCCUAGUUGUGACAAUGCUUAUUGGUGUAUUAACAGCCGCCCAAAGGCUACACAACAAUAAUAAGAAUAAGAAUAACAAAAGAAAGAAGAAGUCACCGGCGGCGACGGCGGCACAACUUCCUCCGGGGCCGAAAGGGUGGCCUCUCGUCGGCUGUCUCCCGCAAAUUCUCCGGAACAACCCUCCGGCGUUCCGGUGGAUCCACAAUUUCAUGGUCAAAUCCAACACGGAUAUCGCACGCAUCCGACUGGGGUCGGUCAACGUCAUCGCCGUCUCCUCUCCUGACCUGGCCCGCGACAUCUGCAGGAGCUCCGACUUCCUGUCGAGGCCCCGUUGCGUGUCUGCCAGCAUGAUCAGCAACGGGUACCUGACGUCGAUCUUCCUCCCGGUCAACGACGACCAGUGGACGAAGAUGAGGAGAAUCCUCACUUCCCACGUCCUCUCCCCCGCUGCAAUCCGCGCGCACUACGACAAGAGAAUGGAGGAAGCCAACCACCUCGUUCUCAGCAUCUACACGCAAUGCACGCGGGAAAAUGCAGCGGGGGGCGGGGUGAACCUGCGAGCGAUCACUCGCGGGUACGCGGGGAACAUCGCGAAGCGAGUGUUGCUCGGGUGCGGUGGGACCGAGGACGAGGAGCUGGUGGAGGCCAUGUUUACUAUCCUUCGGUACGUUUUCGGGUUCGGCGUGGCAGACUACGUGCCGUGGCUAGGGAUUUUCGAUAUCGACGGCCACCAACGGAUCAUCAAGAGGGCUAUUUCCGUCACGGCGAAACACUUCGACGCGGAAGUGGACAAGAGGAUCCAAAUGUGGAAAGACGGUAGGAGAACGGUGGAAAACGACGUCGUUGAUGCUCUUAUUAUGCUCAAGGGCAACAAUGGAAGGCCACUCCUCACUCAUGAAGAGAUCAAAACACAAGUUGUGGAAAUGAUACUAGCAGCGGUGGACAAUGCAUCAAAUGCAGCAGAAUGGGCGAUGGCGGAGAUGAUGAGCAAGCCGGAGCUCAUGAAGAGAGCCGUGGAAGAAGUCGACGGCGUGGUGGGGUCGGAGAGGCGGUUUGUUCAGGAAUCCGACUUGCCCAAGCUCAACUAUAUCAAGGCCUGUCUCAAAGAGGCCUUCCGUCUCCACCCCGUCGGCCCCUUCACGCCGCCGCGCGAGUCCACCGCCGACGCCAUUGUAGGCGGUUAUUUCAUCCCCAAAGGCAGCCAAGUGAUCCUGAAUCGCAUUGGGAUCGGGCGAGACGCUAGGACUUGGGAGGAGCCGCUGGAGUUCAGGCCGGAGCGCCACCUCGGGCAGGGGGAGGAAGAGGCGGUCGAGGUGGCGCUGACGGACCCGGAGAUGAAGUUGGUGUCUUUUAGUGCGGGGAGACGGGGAUGUCCGGCAGGGAAGCUAGGGACGUUGAUGGCCACAAUGCUGUUGGCUAGGCUCGUCCAUAGCUUCACUUGGAGCCCUCCGCCUGGCUCGUCGCGCAUUGACUUGUCUGAGGCGGAGGAUGCGCUCUUCCUCCAAACCCCACUCCACGCGGUUGCUAAACCGCGUCUGGAUCCCGAUCUCUACAACAAUCUCAUGAAUUAAUUCGGGGUUACAAAAGCUUCUUCAAUUCUCUCCAUACGUACGGAUGCACUUUUUUUAUUAUCAUCAUUUUUUUAUAAUUUAACAAUUAUAUGUAUGUUUGGUAAGUGUCGUGGGUGCUUCUGGGGAACUGGUAUGUAAGUUUGGUUAGCGUUUUUUUUUAUGUAAAAUAAUGUUUCGGGUGGUAGUUCAAUUUGUGAGUUUCAACUUCUUGUGCACGACGGACAUAUAUAUUUUUCGUACGUGUAAAAGUUGUUAUUACAUCCAUUUGAGAUCAUUUAAAUUUUUGUAAUAAAAUACAAAUAACUCAAUAAGAAUAUACAAGUAUU